AACGAUAAAAUUCCUUAUAAUAAAAUAAAAAUCUUUAUUGUGGUUUUUAUAUUUUUAAACGAUAUAUCAAUACUACAUUUCUUAUCAUUUCUUUGCUGACAAAUAACGCGUGUAAUUGAUAAGCAAUUAUGCAUUCAUUGACGAUAAAAAUUAAAAGUUAGCCAUAAAUGGCGAAGUAUACGGUCCAUGAAUGUCACAAUACCGGUUGUGACGUUCAACCAAUACUUAAAAUUGAAAGACGACGACGAUGAUGACGAUGAUAACGAAGAAAGAAAGAGAUAGAAUUUCCUUCAAAUUCGAUUGUCGAUCCAGCUUGGCGACAAACCAACGAUGAAAGACAGGAUGUGACCGGGACCGGAUGUAACAAGCAUAGCAUACGCAAACAGUUCCAGAAAUGAAGGAAACAUCUCGGUCGCGGAAUGUUGCAAUGAUUUAUAAUACCUUGUUACGAUCAAGGUAAUUAUGAUAUAACACUAAAUGCAAAUUAGGUAAAACAAUGAAAAUUAAUAAGUUUUGAUGACGUGUCUUUCUGUUGUUAUUGACAGAAGCAUACGCUAUAUACACAUAUAUAAAGCGUUAGUGGAGUUUAUAAACCCAGCUGGGAGAUUAUCUGACUCGAGCAAUAACUCAGAUUUGAGUAUAUAAGUACCAUAUAUAUGCUGCAUUGCAGAAUUAAAGCACGUUUUUCAUACACAUUCCACAAGAAUAACUAUUAUUUGAGAAACUGGUUCAUGUUAAAAUUCAUAUUGUUAACACGUAUGCGCGCACGCUUAUAAUCUUACGUAGAAUCUUCAAUUUCAAUUGACCGCGUAAAUCGGCGAGUCGAGAUUCACCGCGCAAUCAUUCGCAAUUAUCGCUAACGCGUCAUUAGAUCCGAUGUCUUCCAUCUGGCUUAGUUCGGAAAUUAAAAAAUCCGUAUUCCGUUAUCGCCUCCCUUUCUCUUUUUCUCUCUCUCUCCCACUUCUAUUCCCCCCCUCCCUCUGUGUGUGUGUGUGUGUGUGUGUGUGUGCGUGUUUUAUUCGCACUUUGUGUUAUUUACAAUUUAUAAUAGUACAAUGACAUGGAAUAGUACAGUGAUGAUUAAAGGGACGAUCCGCCAGUAAUGGUUACGUCAGCGUGAAAUAUUGAUCAUUAUUGGCAGAAGAUCGUUUACUCCUCGUAUAUGUACUGCAUGCCAAUGUACCUACAUACUGUCAGGUAUUGGAACAAUAGGCCGUACCAUAGUCCUCUUCAUCCGUCAUUCAGUUUCCUCCUUUACGCCUCGCAUCCUGCAAGAGAGAAGACUCCGAUCCUCUCUCUGUUAGUGCACGCUUUACCUUCGUGCAUGACACUUUGUUUGAGUCUCGCGUCGUAUUCCGUUCAACAUUCUAUUUUAUAUAAACAAACAAUUUCUUUAGCUACUAUUUUCCUAAAUUUUUAUAUAAACUAAUAAUUUUUAAAUUAUUUCUUUUACAUAAAUUAUUAAUUUUAGUUAUAUAUUAUUUUACAAAACCUUAAUUUAAUCCAAUGUCACAAAUAGAGCAAAUAUUUAAUAAAAACAAAGAAGAUGUUGGCUAACUUUUUUUUAAAAAUUGUUUAUUCCAAUGCUUGUAAAGGAAUAAAUGUGAUUAUAAACUAGAGACUUUAAAUUACGGUGUCGCGCUUUUGACGGAAAAAGUUUCGGUUGCUGAGUUAUCAGGGGUUGAUGUGGAGAGAUUCAAUCGUUGCUUACAAUGAAUGCGGAGGAAGCUAAAGUGGGCUGCUUUCAAAUGGUGUUAGUGUUGCUACUCGGAAUAAACUAUGUCAUCGUCGCUAUGAGUCACGCGUUGCCAGUUUUUUAUAAUUAUACGCCAAAAUUUUAUUGUCAGACAAAAAAUUCAACGAGUAAAAGCUAUGGCUGUCAAAUCGCAUCAAAUUCAUCAAUCGCUGCCAAUUUAACUUUUACGUCGUCAGAAGUGCCAGUGGUUACGUCUUCCUGUUUUGGCGAAUAUCACUUCGUGACGGAAUUCAUGGAGAACAGUGUAGUUACCGAAUGGGGUUUAGUAUGCGAGAAACAAUAUUUAUCCUUUCUCGGGUCGACCACUUAUUAUAUAGGGGUACUCUUGGGUGCAUGGAUCACUGGAUUUUUAAUUGAUCGUAUUGGCAGACUUCCAGUACAAGCUCUAUGUCUUUACGCGCAAGGUACAAUGGCAGUCGCACUCUAUAUUGUGCAGAGCUAUCCUGCAUUUCUGGCGUUACGUGGUCUUCAAGGAGUAUUUGUUCAGGGUUUGCAAAAUUCCACAUAUAUUCUCUCCCUGGAACUACUUCCAGCGCGAGCUCGCACUAUCGUCGCAUUAAUUAUGCAGAUUUUCUGGUCGAUCGGUCUCAUACUACUCGCAAUAUUGAGCUAUGUAAUUCCUGAUUGGCGAAUUUUGCAGUUGGCUAUUUCUGUACCCACUGCUAUCACCGUACUGUACAUUUGGAUUAUAUCGGAAUCACCGAGAUGGCUAUUGGCUAGAGGAAAAUCAACAGAGGCCGAUAUGGCGCUUGAGAGAAUCGCAAUAUACAACAGCUGUUGCAUUAAAUUGCGGACGAAGAAUAUUCCUGUGCAAGAAGUGUCCAUGAAAAGUAACACGACGCCGAUAAAACCGGAGAGGAAGUUUCGUGUCACCAGUGUCGAACUUGAGAAAGCAAGGGCUGAUGAAAGUCAACGAGAAGAAACUACGAAUUUGUUAAACAAGUCAGAGCUAAUUGAACAAAAAAAUUUAGAGAGCACUUUGGAAGCUAAUUCAAUCAAUUCAGAAAAUGAAUUUUCCAACAUAGAAUUACACCAAGAGACGCCAAGUUUAGCAAAAAAUUUUGACAAAAGGCAUUUACCUUCGAGUUCAAAGAGUGAUCGAAAGUCAAAAAUAAUUACACAACCGGAAUGCGAUCAAAAGAAAGGCGCAGAGGAAGUAGUGCUACGCAGAAUAAAAAAACAAAAAACGAACGAAAAAGAUGAGAAAAUAGGAAUUCACAAGAAACAAGCCGCGAACAAAAUAAGCUCAACAUUCAAGAAUGCAAGUAAAUCGUCGAUAUUAAGGAAAUAUGGUGUUAUAAUAAUUUGUCAAUGGUGGACAUGUACAAUCGCAUGCAGCACACUUGAUGCUCUGGCACCAAGUUUUCCAAUUAAUAGACACACCACGUUUGCCCUGAGUGCAACUCUCGAAAUGGCGACGCACACAUUUGCGUACUUUAUAUUAUCUAGAUACGGUAGACGGUUGCCAAUGUGUACGUACCAAUCUCUUAAUGGCAUUGUUUGUAUUUUAAUUGCAGUUUUCUUCGUUUUAACCGCUACUACCACAAUGCCGUGGAUCGAUCUCGCGAAAAUGAUAACAUUGCUGUUUGGCAAAAUGACUAUCACAAGCACUCUUUCUAUCGCCUACUUGUAUACCGUUGAAAUAUUCCCAACCGUGAUACGAGGUAGCUGCUUAGGUUUAUGCGUAGCAUUUGCAAAAAUUACCAGCUUGAGCAUGUUAUAUUUACUUUUGUUGAAACAAAUAUCAUUUCCAAUGCUAUUGCUAAUCGUUGGGAUAUUAUGCCUCGUCGCCGGUGUAUUGGCUCUGAUUUUACCAGAGACAUUGAAUAAAAUUCUACCAGACCAAGUGAUGGAUAUGGAAAAUGUAACCAACGACAAUUGCGAAAGUGAUGGUGUCAAUAUAGAAAAUGAUGUGAAAGAAGAGGAUUUAACAGAAGGGCAAAUUCUAAGAGAGAAACUCUUUUCAGAAGACUGGGUAGAUGCUGGUAAUGGAAUUCUAGUGAAUUUCAUGGAAAAUAAAAAAAUGCCGAGUGGUUUAUAAAGACAAUUUUGUAUUAAAAUUAGUGUACUUGGACAUGAUUGAGCUACUUUAUUCAUAUAAAGUUUUACAUAACGUAAAAGAUGUAAAAGAUUUAAGAAACUAAGCUAUUUGUGAUAUAUUUCUCUAUUAAAUAAACAUCACAUGCGUUUAGAUAAAAAAUUACACAUUGUAUGUAAAAUAUAAGUUGGAUAAAUUAUCAUAUUCAUGUCAAUAAAAGAGCUCAAACUAUUCAUUCACAAACAAUUUUAAGAAACAUAAAAUAUAAGAAAAUAAAAAUUACAAUACACUCAUAUAGAGUGAUGUUUCUUAGAAGUAUUUCUGAAUAUUUAAUAAAUAUCAUCUCAUUGUCGGAGGAAUCAAUUUUUACUUGUUUAUUGAUUUUCUCACAUAACUGAUUCAAUAUACAACUUACGACUUAAAAAGCAGAUCUCAUUAUAGUGCAUAUUAUAAUAAUGAAUAUACUAUUAUAUUGAUGUAAAAAUUAUGAUUAAACAGAAAAAAAUUCUGUUGAUGCAAA